ACUGAAGCUGCAGAAGGAGGUGGAGACCCAGGCCAACAAUGCCUACAUAGAGCUGGAGAAACUAGCUAAGAGACAUGCCGUCCACUGUGACAAAGAGGUAGGUUUGGUGCGGGGGGGUCUAGGGAGGGGAGUGGUUGGGGGUCCUGACCUAGAGAAACUGGCUUGUCCUGGAGAAGUGCCAUGCCGUCCUCACAGAGAAGGGGUCUGGGGAGGUAUGGGGAUGUUAACCUCUUUACUUUGGGGAGAGGGCAACUCACUCAUGUUAUGGGUUGGGCAUUGCUGCCACUCAAUGUCGAGAAGAUGUUAAAAAGAAAACUAGGUCAUCUGUAACUCUGCAAACUAGGCUAACCUCCAUGAUCCAGCAUGCCCUCCAGAAAGCUAGCUAGCAAAACAACAUUAGCCAUUUGUUUUGUCCCUCUUCUGCUCUCUCCCAUACGAGGCCCCUUCACAGCUAACUAACAUCUCUGCCUCUCUCUCUCCCCCCUCCCCUCAGAUGAAGACAACGUCAGCAGACGAGAGGAAGUUCCAGCAGCAGAUAGUGGCCCAGCAGAAGAAGGAGCUCACCACCUUCCUAGAUAAUCAGAAGAAGCAGUACAAGCUCUGCAAAGAGAAGAUUAAAGAGGUCCGCAACGCUAUGUUUGUUUAUGUCCUCUAGCUGUGUGUCUGUUUGUGUCCACUAGCUAGCUAACACUGUACCCCCCUCUUCCCCUGCCUCUUGUAUAGUAUGAUUAAUCUCCGAACCCUGUAUCACAAGAGACUAUAGAAUGAUACAUUCGAUAUGAUGUGUAUUGUGCUGGGUAGUAUCAGCCCUCCUCCGAAUACACACACACACACACUUGCAAAUACACACAAACAUACACAAGUACAGUAUGUCCGUCAUGCCUUUUACUGAGAAGGAGCUGAGUCAUCCCUCCUACUCACUACACACACGCGCACACACACACACACACAAGUUGUGUUUUUGUUUCUAAGAACCUUGACACACUAUUUCUCAAAACUGGAGCCAUUGCUGUGGAUUGUUGGAUACGUCAUGUUUCACUUAGUGACCGGAUCUAGAACAUCUCUGUUAACAGAGGCAUUGUUGGCCUGGAUUGAUAUAUAUCCCAACAAACUGUAGGUAGAGAUGAAUCAUUCCACACAGAGAGAUCAGGGAUCUAAUACACUUAAUAAAGUGUUUUUAGCUAGAGAGUGUAUUAAGACAUGGUUUGUGCCCCCAAUGGCACCCUAUUCCCUAUAUAGUGCACUACUUUUGACCAGAGUCCAGAAGUAGUGCACUAAAAUUGUAAUAGGGUACCAUUUGGGAUACAGCCAUGGAUUUACCAUAACAUCCAUGAAACCGAAUGGGGACAGACACUAACUGCAGGGAUCGUUCACCCAAAAACAUGGAAUUUCUGUGAUGCAGCCUGAGUCAGAAAUUAGUGACAGAGGGUACUGAAAAGUUUGACUAAAGUUUGCCAACAAAAUGACCUGGAAACACCUGGGUGAUCAUCAAGACUCUUGGAAGAAUGUUCUAUGGACAGAUUAUUAAAAAGUAUAACUUUUUGAACGGCAUGGGUCCCAUUAUGCCUGUCGAAAACCAAACACUGCUUUCCACAGUAAGAGACUCAUACCAAAAGUCAAGCAUGGUGGUGAUAGUGUGAUGGUUUGGGGAUGCUUUGCUGCCUCAGGACCUUAAUAGAAGGAUCCAUGAAUUCUGCUCUGCAUCAGAGAAUUCUACAGGAGAAUGUCAGACCAUCCAUCUGUGAGCUGAAGCUGAAGCUGAAGCGCAACUUGGGUCAUGCAGCAAGACAAUGAUCCAAAACACACAAUCAAGUCUACAUGAAAAUCGCUAAAAAGCCAAAAAGUCAAAGUCCUAAUUCCAAUUGAGAUGUUGUGGCAGGACUUGAAACGAGCAGAUCAUGCUUGAAAACCCACAGCAGUUCUGCAUGGAAGAGUGGGCGAGAAUUCCUCCACAGCGACAUGAGAGACUGAUCAACAACUACAGGAAGAAUUUGGUUGGAGUCAUUUCAGCUAAAGGUGGCACAAUCAGUUAUUGAGUGUAAGGGGGCAAUUACUUUUUCACACAGGGGCAUUGGGUGUUGCAUAACUUUGUUUAUGAAAUAAAUGAAAAAAAGUAUGUAAUUGUUGUGUUAUUUGUUCACUCGGGUUCCCUUUAUCUAAUAUUAGGUUUUGGUUGAAGAUCUGAUAACAUUCAGUAUCAAAAAAUGCAAAAGUAGAGAAAAUUGGAAAGGGGGCAAAUACUUUUUCACAGCAUGUGUAUAUAUAUAUUAACCUUAAUCUAUCUUCAAUCUCCAUCCCUUCAGGAGAUGAACGAGGACCACCACACCCCUAAGAAGGAGAAGCAGGAGCGCCUGUCGAAGCACAAGGAGAACUUGCAGCACAGCCAGGCUGAGGAGGAGGCCCAUCUCCUGGGCCAACAGAGAGUAUUUUACGACAGGAACUGCAGAGGCUUCAAACGCAAAGUCAUGAUCAAGAGGCACGAGUUUGAACAGGAGCAGAUACGAGAGGUAUAUUAUAUAGAUGUACAGAUUUCAAACGAGAGGCAAGGAGGAGUGGAUGACACUUGUGGAGAAUCAGUGGGAUGUUUGUUGUUUGGAUGUACACACAUUUUAGUUCAAGUUCAGUCUGUAGUGGUGUGCAGUGAACACUGCAAUCCAAUAGGGAUAUGAAAAUCACAUGUCCAACUCCAACUGAUUAUCUAUAACAUUAACAUGGUCAAUGUUGUCCUUGAAUGGCACCUGUAACAUGAAAAACAAGAGUUCUUCGACCAAUAUCCGUAUUCCAUUUGUUUUGUGGAAAGCACUGAGAAGUGGUGCAGAUUAUGAAGUAUAAACAGGGCAACAAUGCAGUAAUCUCCUAAUCUACUCUGUAAAUCAGGAGGGGGGAGUAGGAAAGUAUUAGGAGAUCUGAGACCUUACAUGACCAUCCACCUGAAACCUAGGGGCACAUUGGAUGAUACCCUAAUGCUAGCCUGGUCCAAGACCUGCUUGUACUGUCUUGUCCACUCAGCCCAAACAGUCCUGGGAUCAGGCUACCAAAACCCAACCAGCCCUAAAGCUGCUCCUCUCAUAGACUUGAAGGAUAGAAAUAAGGGAGAUGUUUAGGAGUAUUUGGAUAUAGUGUCUGUGUGUUAUUGCCUAUAGUAUGGUGGCACUGUUGUGCUUGAGAUGUUAUUUACCUAGUGACAUUGUUGUCGCAUAGUAGGACAAUAGGAACCUUGAAAAAGUCGAAAACAAAUGCACAAAGAAUUUAAGUGUAGUCUAGUGUCUGCAAUGACCAAUGUCCACCAUGUGACACUGAUGCUCCAGACCAAAUGUCCUUUCCCAUACAAAAGCAAAGUUUGUGUCAUGGAUGGCCAUGAUAAUUCCUAUCUCUUCCUCCCUCUCCUUCUCCCCUUCCCCCUCUCUCUCCAUUUCUCCCUCUCUCCCUCCCUCUCUCUCCAUAUCUCUCUCUCUUCCCUCCUCUCUCCAUAUCUCUCUCUCCCUCCCCCCCUCUCUCUCUCUCUCUCACUCUGAUCAGGAGCUGAACAAGAAGAAGACCCAGAAGGAGAUGGAACAUGCCAUGCUGAUCAGACAUGACGAGUCGACCCAGGAGCUGGAGCAUCGUCAGCUGAAGACCCUUCAGAAGCUCCGCAUGGACCUGAUCCGCCUGCAGCACCAGACAGAACUGGAGAACCAGAUAGAGUACAACAACCGCCGCGAGAGAGAGCUCCACCGCAAACACGUUCUGGAGCUACGGCAGCAACCCAAGAACCUCAAGGUGCGGAUCAGCCCUGGGAAUGUGAUUGCUACAUUGGUAGCUACAUUAGGUGUUCUCCAGGAAAAGGCUCUGAUCUAACCAGGUAGCAGAUUAGACAUGGGGAAACAGCAGACCAUUAACCUCAAGGUGAGGGUUAGGGGGGUGCACCUAGUGCACGCAUUCCUGGAAAAAGGGAAAUCCUCAUUGUUGGCUACAAAAGUCUUCAACGUAACAAGCCAUUGCAUUCAUCAGAAGUUGAAACAUAUUUGGACAGGCAAAGAACAGAUAGUAGAAACUGAAUGUAAUGGGGUCAACAGGAUCCCUAAACUCCAACUCUGUGUGUGCUUGUGUUUAACACUCCUUGUUCACCUAACUAACACACGUUCCAAUCUCCAUCUCCACCAGGCCAUGGAGCUGCAGAUUAAGAAGCAGUUCCAGGACACGUGUAAGGUCCAGACCAAGCAGUACAAGGCCCUGAGACACCGCCAGAUGGAGGUGACGCCCAAGAGCGAGCACAAGACGGUGCUCAAGGCCCUGAAGGAGGAGCAGACCAGGAAACUGGCCAUCCUGGCCGAGCAGUACGAACAGAGCAUCAAUGAGAUGAUGGCAUCGCAGGCGGUGAGUCGGCACAAAAUGGAGAAUGGGUGUUUUGAUGCCCGAUAGUUGGGAUUACUAACUACAUUUUGUUUUCAACUAAGAAGUUGACAUUUGAUAAUUUCCUUAAUGACAAUCUCAAAGAACUAAUUCAUAUCAAUGUCAAAGAUCUUAUUAACUAAUAUCUGACAUUAAAAAUAGUUCCAUAGGGGAAUUAAAUAAUCUUAGGCCCCAAGGCAUAGGAGAUUUAAGUCAUUGUAGGAGUUUGUAACCCUCUUUGCUUCUCUUAUUCCCAUCACUUGUCCGGUCUCAUCUAUUUCCUUUUCUCCUCGCUUCUUCCUCUCUCUUUUCUCUCCUCUUCACUGCCCCUCUCUCUUCAUCUCUUUCCCCACUCUUCGCCUCUUCUAUUCCCUCUCCCUCCCUCCCACCCCCACCCCUCCCCCCGUGUUUCCUUUUUUUUCUCUCUCUCUCUCUCUCUCUCUUUACUCCCCCUUUUUCUGUUGGGGUCUUCUCUUUAUUUCUCCCCCUGUCAGCUGCGUCUGGACGAGGCCCAGGAAGCCGAGUGCCAGGCUCUGAGGCAGCAGCUGCAGCAGGAGAUGGAGCUGCUGAAUGCCUACCAGAGUAAGAUCAAGAUGCAGACCGAGGCCCAGCACGACAGAGAGCAGCAGAAGCUGGAGCAGAAGGUGUCGCUGCGCAGAGCCCACCUCGAACAAAAGGUAGAGGUGUCAAGGAGGGGGGAGUGACUGACUGAUACGGACAGACAGACGGACACACACAUACACACCUAGAACAAAAGGUAAAGAGGUCGGGAGGAGCAAAAACAGACACAGAUACAUUUUAGUCAUUUAGCAGACGCUCUUAUCCAGAGCGACUUACAGUUAGUGAGUGCAUACAUUUUCAUACUGGCCCCCCGUGGGAAACGAACUCACAACCCUGGCGUUGCAAGCGCCAUGCUCUACCAACUGAGCUACAGGGGACUACACCCAGACAGAUGCACAGAACGCAGACAGACACAGAUAUACACACUCAUGCAGGCAGAGCCCUUGUGGAGCACAACGUGCUGGAAGCAGAAUCAACACGCACCCACAGAGACAGACAGACUUCACUUUUAUUUGACACAGAUUUCACUCACUACUACUUUGUAACUGAGGCCCAAAUCAUUUGUCAUGCUCUCAGCUUUUGUUGCAAACUCCCAACAUGUUAGUGUUGUAUUAUUCUUACAACAUGUUCUACAUUUUAAUCCUAACCAGUGUGUUAAAAAAUUUGAUUAUGUAAUAUGGUCAUCCAUAACAAUAAGACAUGACUUACUAUUGUAUUAAUUGAGUCAUUGAGUCAUGCACUCCUUUCUGUGUUCUACAAUCUGGAGUCACAACACCUUCACUUUCACCUCUUCUCCCCACUCAAUACUUCUGUACCCCGCUGUUGACCAUUUACAUCUGAACAGUGGAUGGUGAUGGCCUGGUAUUGCAUAAAUUCAAAUCACUAUAGGCCACUUUAUCAGUCAGAAUAGAUUUUUUUCAAUUCUUGAAUACUAUGUUUUUCCAAGGCAAUGAUGUCAUCGCUAUAUAGUUCCUUGACAACAAAGGAACAUGCCGCCCUGAUCCAGUUUCUGUUGCCCAGGCAGUAGCCUACAGUAGUAUCAUUACAGUAUUAUGCAACCAGUGGUAGUGUGGCGCCAUCUGGUGUCUAUCUGUUGCCCUGCAGGCUGUCUGGAUCAGGUGAUGUCAUUGUUAACCCUGUAUCAGGGUUGUAUUAAUCAGAACACACAACUGGAGAUGUUUUAAAGCGUUCUGCAACUGAAAACAAAAAUGAGCAUUUCUUAUUGGACCAGUUCAGGUAGUCCCUCCCUGUUUCAGUUUGUCUUCCAUUUGGUUCCUAAUGAACACACCCCAGACUCAUAUGCUUCCAGAGAAGUGCUGACUGCAGAUUUUGUUCCACUGUCUGGACAGCUUGACUCAGGGGCCAGAUGUAAUCUGUAUCUAAAGGCAUUAUGGAAUUGAAUCAAUCUAUACCAAACGCUGAAAAUGAAAUAUGAACAGCUAAUAUUUAUUGAUUAAAGAUGCAGACAACGGCUGUAAUGGAUUGAUUGACAGUAAAUUGUGUUUGGCCCUACUCAUGGCUAGUGCAGGUGUAUUUCUGUCUGUAGUUAGUUGGUGGAGUGGUUACAAAUUCAUGCUGAAUUUCAAAUCAACGCUUACUCUCCUAGCUUAAGCAAAAACCUAAAAAAGCCUGCACACACACUACAUUGGCCCUUGCAGGUCAAACUCUGCAAUACUCAUACCUUACUUCAGUAUAUUGUGGUUCCAAAUGCUCUUGCUUCCACUAGUUUAAUUAACUAAGUUGUGGUUUUGUAGAUUGAAGAGGAGCUGGCUUCCCUUCAGAAGGAGCGUACAGAGAGGAUCAAGCACCUGCUGGAUCGCCAGGAGAGAGAGAUCGACACGUUCGACAUGGAGAGCCUCCGACUGGGCUUCGGUAAUCUGGGGGCCCUGGACCCCCCCAAGGACGACUACAGAUGACUAGGCCAGCCCUGGUGACCUCAGUCUUCAUCGUCUGGUCUGACGACCCUCCUGUUCCUCCUCAGACCCUUGACCUGAUUUGACCUGAUCUGGUUUUGGUUGGACCGGGCAGUUAGGGUCUUUAGCUACUGAUGUACACACACACACACACACA